AUGGGCAAACCGGAUCUGGAAAGAGUUUCACGGUUGGCGGUUUUAGAAAUAACUGGGAAAGGAAUAAUCCCACGAUUCUUGUCUGAUAUUUUUGCGGAGAAGACGAACCGAAGAAAGAUUAGCGACAUACACUAUGGUUUAAGUUUUGUUGAAUUGAAAGGUAAAUACUUAAUCGAUCUCCUCACAACGCGAAAACGCAAGAUUAUCAAUGUGAACGAGCACAAUGCCUUUAAGAGUAUAACUAUAGUGGAUGUAGAGAAUGAAGAUGAGACUCUAAAAAAAGUGCUCGAAGGAGAAGCUAGAAGAUCGGUUGUGAAGGACACAAUGUACCCAGUAUCACAUUUGGGUGCAGCUGUGAUUACUUUUCACGUCUCGAACACGAGUCUGAUAAAAUCGCAAGCCAUCGUAACGACAGCCAAAAUACACAUAGUAGAGAUGGCUGGAAUUGGUACGGCAGGAAGUCCAUCGAGUUGUUGGAAAACAGCGACCGACUUGGGUAUGGCGAAUUUAAUGAGAAUGCAGCUGGAACAGUACUUUGUAUAUCUCAGAAAACAAAGUGCGUGCAUGUACGCUAUAAUUCGUUCGAAUAAUUUGCUAAAGCUGCUGAGAGACGCAUUCAGCAUCACCUCCGUCAUUCGCUUUGUGUUUCACAUCCGCGUCACAAGAGAAGAUCUCGAUGUUACACUGUCGACCAUGCGAUUGAGCGCUAAAAUCGCCAAAUUGAAACCGAUAAAAUCGAUACGGCACAUUCAGCCGCAGACGGAGCUGAUCGUGCAACGGCUGCGAGAAGAAGUGAAUGCACUGAAGAAGGAACUAGAGUUGAAUGAUAUGUUUUUACAUCAGGAAUCACUGAUGAACAUCUCAAAAUUGAGGGCCGAACAGAUCAAUCGAGAUAUUAUGAAUUUUUUGAAGGGUUCCAUUUCAGAAUUAACGCUCUUUAACGUCACCCAGGCACGACUGUUGAUGAAGGUCGCCAAAGAAUUAUUCGACAACAUAUUGAUACAACUAAACGCGGAAAAUGCUCUAAGUGACAGAGCUGUAACAAAGAGAAUACAUCGCUUAGAACGCAACAAGCCAUUGGACAGCUUCAAAUAUUUUUUAAGCGAGAGCAUAAUAUGUCUGGGCAUGGCAAAGAGAUUUUACAAGUGGAAUCGAAAAAGCCAUACGAUAUAUGGAUUGCUAAUACGGAAUAUGGACAUUUAUACCAAUCUGAAAAACAAGUUAAACGAAAUACUGUAUAACCAAAAUCAACUUUUUAAGAGACGAAAUAUUUAUGAUAGCAAUUUCCUCAUAAUUACCACGGACGAUAUGAUUUUUGAGAACGGCGUAGUCGUAAAUAUGGAUAUAAAUGACAUAUUGGAGUUUGAAGAAGAUGAGUUAAUUGAUUUUUACACUUGGGUUAAUAAGAUACCCGAUCGCAUAGGUUGGAUGAUAGCAAUGGAAGCUAUGAUUGACCAGAUCCAAGCAGCAUUUUUCGAGAUAUGUUCUUCAUUGUAUCGAAUGUUAAACGAGUAUUGCAAGAGAUUAAGACAGUAUCUGUGCAGCAACAAGGACAAGCUGAAAUCGAGCAAAUUUUAUUCAGAAAAUUCGGUACAAUAUAGGUACCGCUAUAUGUGUUGCAAAUAUCAUUUCCUAAAGCGAUUGCUGGAGCUAGUUGGUGAGGAAGAAAAAUACAUCGAAAAAUAUAAUGCUACGUGUAAGGAAAAUAGAUGAACAACUCAUGAUGACAUAUUUCUCAUAUGACAAUUUGUACGAUAUUUUGUAAAAAAUGGAAGAAUAUGUAAACUUAACUAACUUUCUGUUAGUGUAUACUUUUUAUAAGUUAUUUAAAAAAUGUUCGCUCUUUAUAUGAGAUUUGUAUCUAUAUUAGAAUAUAUGAUAAAUAUAUGUAUUUGUAAUAAAAAUGUAAUGCAAAUAUUCCUAAUUAUAAUAUAUUUAAAAUA